GGGCGAUGAGUUUCGAUGUAUUGGGUGUAUCCGUUUUUAUAGAAGCUUUAAUUUUCGUGCUUAUCCUAAUUGUUGGUUUAGUUUAUGCAUGGCGAAAAGGAGCGUUGGAAUGGUCUUAGCUCCUGAAUAUUCAGACAAUAAAAAGGAAAAAGAAGAAAAAAAUGACAUUGAGACAGUUAUGAAUUCCAUUGAGUUUCCAGUACUUGAUCAAACAACCCAAAAUUCAGUUAUUUCAACUACAUCAAAUGAUCUUUCAAAUUGGUCAAGACUCUCCAGUUUAUGGUCGCUUCUGUAUGGUACCAGUUGUUGCUUUAUUGAAUUUGCUUCAUUAAUAGGCUCGUGCUUCGACUUUGAUCGUUAUGGCUUGGUACCAAGAUCGAGUCUUAGGCAAGCGGACUUAAUUUUAACAGCCGGCACAGUAACAAUGAAAAUGGCUCCCUCUUUAGUAAGAUUAUAUGAGCAAAUGCCUGAACCAAAAUAUGUAAUUUCUAUGGGAGCCUGCACUAUUACAGGAGGGAUGUUCAGUACUGAUUAUUAUAGUACUGUUCGAGGAGUUCAUAAGCUAAUUCCUGUGGAUGUUUAUUUUCCAGGUUUCCCUCCUAAACUGGAGGCAGUUAUCGAUGUUAUAACAAAACUUCGUAAGAAGGUAUCUCGAGAAAUCUACGAAGAUAGAUUUGGGUCUCAACAGAAUAAUCGAUCACCAGACGGACUCUUAGCUAGUGUGUAUCAUCUUACGAGAAUAGAGUAUGGUGUGGAUCAGCCAGAGGAGGUAUGCAUAAAAGUAUUUGCCCCAAGGAUAAAUCCCAGAAUUCCAUCUGUUUUUUGGAUUUGGAAAAGUGCGGAUUUCCACGAACGGGAAUCUUAUGAUAUGUUGGGAAUAUCUUAUGAUAAUCAUCCACGCCUGAAACGUAUUUUGAUGCCUGAAAGUUGGAUAGGAUGGCCCUUACGUAAGGAUUAUAUUGCUCCAAAAUUCUAUGAAAUACAAUAUGCUCAUUGA